AUGCAUGUUGGGGAACCAAUUGAGCCCUCUACUUCACUAACAUUUUUAUCAUCAGGUACAAGUAAAGGAGCUACAGAGGAACCCUUCCUUUCGAAGAGCUCAAAAUUAGUUGAACUACCUGAACCUGAGACUACUCCAAUUUCUCUUGAAAAACAAGAGUUGUUAUCUGCACAUGGAACAGAUGUUAUGGAGAAAAAAGGGAAGAUGUCCAUUCUUGAAACAGAAAUUGAGAUUGUGCCUUCUCAACCUAUCGAAGAAGGUACAAGCAAACAAGCUGCAGUAGAACCAAUGUCAGUGACGGUGCUUCCUUCAGGAAAGGAUGAAAUUGAGAUUGGUCCGACUGGUAGUCAACUGUUGCUUGAAGUGAGCACAUAUUCCAACAGGUCCAUUGAGCGCACUUCGUUGGAGAUCUUCGAAUACAUGAAUGACGUUACAGCUCGAAGAAUCGGUUUUCAUGGAAGUGAUGAGAUUGGGAGGACCAGUGUAUUGAAAGCCUUGAUCAGUAACCCCAAAAUAAAAGACUUGUUUGACGUGGUUAUUUGGGUGACUGUCUCAAGAAAUUGGAGCACCAGAAAGGUUCAAGAUGAAGUGUUACGACAAUUACCAUUGUCACCAGAAGACUUCAACACUGAUUUUGAAAUUGCAGGGAAACUGCUUCAAGUUCUAAGAAGCCAACGUUUUUUGUUGAUUCUGGAUGAUGUUUGGGAGCCGAUUGAUCUAAAUGCUGCUGGUAUUCCUGAUCCUGCUUUAAAAAAGGGUUGCAAGAUGAUAUUUUCAACAAGAUUCCAGAAUGUGUGUCACGUCAUGGGUGCUGAUAGAGAGGUUCAAAUGGAGGGACUCCUACCAGAAGAAGCUUGGAAGUUGUUUCAGAAACUAGUGGGUGAGAUCAUUGACUCCCCAAAUAUCCAAAACUUUGCUAGAGCUAUAGUUCAAAAGUGCCAUGGUUUGCCAUUGCUCAUCAUUGUUACAGGAAGGGCACUGGCUAAGGAGAAUGACGCUUUAGCCUGGAUGCAUGCAUCAAAGGAAUUUUCACUGUGCAGCACACAUGGGAUCUAUGGAUAUGAAGCUCUAAUCCAAAAACUGAAACUCAGUUAUGACAGAUUGGAGGGUCCUGACAUGAAGAGUUGCUUCCUUUAUUGUGCCUUAUUUCCAGAAGAUCAGGAGAUCAGCAUAGAUGAAUUGGUAGAUUAUUGGAUUCAAGAAGGUUUAGUUGCCAGAAAUCGGCCAGAUUCUCAUAAGAGGGGAAGUGAUAUAGUAGAUUUUCUUCUAGGAGCCUCUCUUUUGCAGAGCGUGCAAGUUGGACUUUCCAUCAAAAUGCAUAAUUUGAUUCGGGAUUUAGCAUCAAGGAUAUUAUCAUUGGAAGUCGAAGGUCAUCAGUUUCUGUGCGGAAGUUAUUCAAAAAAAUGA